AUGGCCGAAUACUGGAAAUCAGCGCCUCGCUACUGGUGCAAACAAUGCAAGAUCUUCAUCCGCGACACGCCAUUCGAGAAGACCCAGCAUGAAGCAAGUCCCAAACAUCAAGGCAGUCUCAAGCGCUUCCUCCGGGAUAUCCACCGCAAUAAUGAACAGCAACAGCGUGAAUCGCAGCGAGCAAAGAGCGAAGUCGAGCGACUUCGUCAAGCUGUCGGGGGAGGCCCCGCGAAAGAGGAUGCGACCGGCCCUGCGCCUUGGAAGAAGCAGGCCGCGUCGGUGUCCGAUUCCGCCGCUCGACCGGUCAGCCUGGAGGAGAGAAAAAAGCAAAUGGCUCAACUGGCAGAAAUGGGUAUCGCGAUUCCUGACGAAUACCGUGGGGAGAUGGCCCUCGCUGGGGAAUGGCAAACUAUGUCGGAGACGAAACUCGACGAGCAGGAGAGUGGUGUCAAAUCUAUCGGCGUCCGUAAGCGCAAGCUUGAAGGGGACGAUGAGGAGAAUGGAGCCGAGGAUGGGGCUCAGAAUGAAUCCGGGCGACUGGUGAGCAAGGGGUGGGGAUCCCGAAUGAGGUCUUAUCCUGGAGCACAGAAUAAUGAGGAUGAGGAUCUGGAUGCUUUACUUGCCUCCACCAAGGGGCCGAAGAAAACCAAGGCUGCAGAUGCCAGCGCAGGCUUCGAUGCUGGACAAGACAACCAACCCGGGGAGGCAACCCUCAAUACAGUGGACGAGAAAGCCACGGUUGAGCCCAAGGCAGAAGAUACUGACAGCCCUGCCCAAGUCAAGACAGAAGUACCUGAGAAGCCGACAGUUUCUCUUGCCGAGGAGAAACCCGUUGAAGAACUGGCUGGCCCUAUUUUCAAGAAGCGCAAGGCCAAAAUCCUGAGGAAAUAA